AUGUACACGUAUGUGGGAUGUGCAGAUGUGGAGAUCGUUGACCCAAUCCCAGAGAUGAACGAUGUUCAGUAUCUUGAAAGGCGGAAGCGCCAAGCUUUUGAUGCAACACAACAAAGUACAACACCAAUAUCCACUGUCGUAACUUCGCGUGGAACGUCGUUGUCCAGUAGCGACGUGUUAUAUAGUGGUACAUCUUCAACUAACAGUGGCAUAUCGACUAGCGGUACCACUUCAACCAAAAGUGGCACACCGUCUAGUGGCAGCACUUCAAUCAAUAGUGGCAUACCGUCUAGUGUCACCACUUUAACUAACAGUGGUAUAUCGUCGAGCGGCACCACUUCAAUCGACAGUGGCAUAUCGUCUAGCAGUACAGCUAACACUAACACUGGCAUGCCGUCUAGUGGCAUCACUUCACCUAAUGGUGUCAUACCGUCCAGUGGAACAACUUUCAUCAGCAGUGAUCUACCAUCUAGCGGCACCACUUCCGCCACCAAUGGUGUGUCAUCGAGUAAAAUGAUAUCAGCUAACACUGGUAUGUCACCUGAUGGACCAUCGUCAUCCUUUGGAUUGUCAUCAGGUUAUACAACUUCAUCUCAGCCAGACAGUAUCACUUCAAUUAACACUGACAUGUCACCUACCGGUUCAACGUAUGCAAACAACGGUAUGUCGUCAGGAAACACACCAUCCGAUAAACAAGGCUUGUCAGCUAAUAAUUAUAUCUACUCUACUCCGCGUCAUUCUUCCUUCUCAACACAAUAUGAGAAUGCUGCAGACAUUCAGAAAAAGGUUGACGGUCACGCAGAAGAAGUUAUAUCCACGAACAUACCGACACGAUAUGGUAACAUGAGGAGGCAUAGUUCUACUACACCAGGAAAAGCGUUUUAUCGCGGCAACAUUGCGGGGGAGUAUGGAAGAGCCGCAGACAGCCAUACAGAAUACCAUUUGAGCUCUGGAACAGGUCAUCAGGGUGCACAUACAACCUCUCAUACAUCUUCGAGACCAAAUGCGGAAACAAGCUACCCAACCACACACACAUCCAAUAGCCAUGCUCAUAGUGGCACAGGCGAAACAACGUUCCAUUUAAAUCCUCAACACAGAGAAAGUGAAUCAGUUUUUCAUUACUCACCUGACGUUACACAUACCCAAACAAGUGAAAGUGUAAAGAUAUCAUCUGCCUCCAUAGAUGCUAAACAACCUGCGGCAAUCCAGCACGCAUCUCAUGAACCAGUAGAUACUGGUACAGGCGAGAAGGUCUUCCAUUUUACUCCUGAGGCUGCAAAUACCCAACAUUCUGAAACAAUCUUCCACUUUUCUCCCGACUCCACAAAUAUAAUCCCAGGUGAAACAACACUACAAACAUCUCCUCUCUUGGAUACCACACGAUCUGAAACAACACUCCACACAUCAAAUGGCCACGUGGAUACUAGUACAGGCGAGACGAUAUUCCAUUUUACUCCAGACUCUGCAAAUACUCAACCGAUGGAGACGAUUUCAAGUAAAUCUGUUAGCCCUGAACACACUAUAACAAGCUCUAACACUGAACCCGCGUCCAAAAUAAGAACAUUGGACACAUUUUCCGCAACGAAUGCUAACGAAAGUAAUGUGACGGAUGCCUAUGAAACCACAAAAAAUCCCUUUAUUACUCUUGCAGUAAAUGAGGGUCCAAAUCGUGAUCAAGAAACUGUUAACAGUCGAACUAAAACCACCAAUGUAUUACAUUUAAGAGAAGAAUCAUCAACUAGCAGUAACAGUCACACGGAUGGCGUCACCAACGAAAACUUUGUGACAACGACACCAUCUGGAAUAACCUUUGCAGUUAAUGAGGGCCCCGAUAGAGGUGUCCCGUUACACGCUGACCUUAGGACCGCUGCCACUAACUCCCUUCAUGUAAGAGGGAAGGAAAUGACAACAUCUGGCUCUGAUCAUGAAACAGCCUCGUCUAUGACACAACAUGGGGUGACAUCUUCAAGCUCGCACCAAGUGGCGACAUCAACAGGGCAGUUACAGAAUAUGCAAACAGGUAACUCCAAAUCGUUAACCAUAGGAUCAGGUGGAACGACAACUUCUAACGCUCACAAUGAAACUGUAAUAGAUACCAAUAUCCCAGGGGCGACAUCUUCCGGAGACUCACUGACAGUCACGUCUACCGUCAACGAAGCUGGAUCUGGAGUAUCCACGCAACAAAGCUUAAACGGAAUCAGUUAUAACCUACCGGCUAUGGAGAGGGCUUCGGGAGACACGAACAGUCAGGUCAAUGCUGAACAAAGAUUUUUAGUAACUUCCGGGUCUGUUAAUACUGACCAAAGUAUUCGGUAUGACAAUCCUAUGCCAACACAUGCCGAACAUGCUAUUCGGGUCGAGGAAAAUAAAGUUCAUGGAUCCGGUAUCGUUGAUAAUGUUUAUUCUUAUCCUGCCGACAAUCCAGCAGCACAGGAAACUAACACGCCCAUCAGCGACACGGCAUUGAGUCACUCACAAACAACAAAAUAUGUUGACGGCUUUGUGACGUCGGGAAUGGGAUCUGCCUCCUCCCUUCCAGAUAGCGCUAGUUCAUCAAGUGGUGUUACUAUGGAACGUUACAACAAGGCGUCUGGUGACGGAGUAUCCAUGCUCGGUGAUUUCUCCAUGGAUGCAUUGGUUCUGGCGGACCACAAAGUGUCUCAUACAAAUAUACCAGACCCUUAUGGUAUUCCGAUAGGAGGACUUAUGGCAAAUAAUGGUGUACCUGGCCCGACGACUGGACGUAUAAUGGAAAAUGCUAUUCCGGUAAGCGGUUCAGAUUAUCAGUCCAGUAGUGUAGUACUUGCCGAAAAUACAGUGGUAGGCGGGGCUGUUCCUGUAUCAAUGAGCAGUGGAUCAUCGCACGUAGGAGCCAGUGGUCUGUCUACGGCCGGAUCAAUGACAGAACAACAAUCACAUUCCACAAACACUCACUUUAUUCCUCCUGUUCCAUCAAGUCUGCGCUCGGAUCUAACAGAUAAUAUUAAUGUAGUACCCCUAAAUGAUGCCACGUACGCAUCACAAACUGGCGUAGGCCAUCAAAAUACCGAGAGUACUAAUGGAAUAAUAGUCGGCAAUGGGCCAACCGUAAGCCAUCAAACGGGCACUGGUUUGAUAGAUCAUGGCAGGUCUACUGCCGAUGCUUCUACCAGUAGUUCUACAUCCGGUGACAGUGCAUUUCAGAAUAACCAGGGACUUCCCACAGGACAACGGAUAACCAGUAGCAGUUUUACAACCGUUUCAGCAGUAAACAACCGUAAGACAUCAGGAUCCGACACAUUUACUGGAGGACAAGCUACAAAUCUUGGUUCUGGUGCCAUAGGACGUGCAACUGAUCAUAAUUCCGGCAUAAGGACGGGAGAAACAGUGGAGUAUACAUCUGGUGCUAGUGCUGGACAAAUAACAUACAAUGGUGUUGAUACGAGUACUGUACAAAAUAUGGAUCUUAUUUCUGGCGAUGGUAUUGGACAAACAACAGAUUAUACCGCUGGCGCAAAUACGGGCCCGACAAUAUAUCAAACUUCUGGCGCGGGUACAGGACAAGCAAUCGAUUAUACCUCUGGUGUCAGUACGGGGGAUAUAUUUGAUUCAAGCGCCAGCACUGGACAAAUAAUGGAUAGAAAUUCUGGCACCAACACGAAUAUAAGACAAACAUUGACUCAUGAUUUUAAUGUAAGUACGGGACAAAUAUUAGAUACUACUGGUGCGAAUUUGGAACAAUUCAUGAACCAUGGUGCCAGUACAGGACAAACAAUGGAUCAUAUGUCUGAGGGGAAUAAAGGCCAAGCUAUUGAUCAUGGUGUUGGCGUAGGUACCGCACAAACAAUGGAUCAUGCAACCAACGAUAGAAUGGGACACGUAACAUACCAAACUUCUGGCACCAGUACGGGGGAAACCAUAGAUCGCUCAUCUGGCGCGAGUAUGGGACAGGCGAUUGAUUUUACGUCUGGGACCAUUGCGGGACAAACAAUGGAUCAUACUGCAGGCGCCAGAACCGGACAACCAAUAGAUCACACACCAGGCACCAGUGCCAGACAAACAUUGGAUUAUAUAUCUGAUGCAAGUACGGGACGAACAAUCGAUCACACAUCGGGCGCCACUACGGGACAAACAAUUGAUUAUACCACUGGCGCCAGUACAGUACAAAUAAGGGAUCACGGUGUUGGCGAAAAUACUUUACAAUCCAUGGAUCAUACUUCUGGCAAUAUAAUUGGACAAACAACAGAGUAUAACUCUGGCGCAAGUACCGGAGAAAGAAUUAUUUAUUCUGAAGGUAAAGCUACUCUGCAAACACUUGAUAAAAUGUCUGGAGGGGACAUUGGGCAAUCAUCAGAUCAUGGUAUCGGCGCUAGUAUAGGCCAAACAAUGGAUCAUACAUCUGGUACUAGCAUGGGACAGAGAAUGGAUUAUACUUCCAACUCUCAUACGAAUAUUGGGGAAACAAUGGAUCAUGGUAUUGGCGCCAGUGCGGGACAAACGAUAGAUUAUAAUCCCGAGGCCAGUGUGGGACAAAUAAUAGAACAUAGUUCUGGUUCAAAUACGUUGCAAACACAAACGGACCAUGCUUCUGGCGGAAAUAUAGGUCAAACAAUAGAAUAUGCUUCUGGCGCCAGUACAGGAAAAGCAACAGACUAUUCUGCUGGCGUCAGUACAGGGCAAGAAAUGUAUCAUACUUCUGGCGCUAAUAUUGGGCAAACGAUUGAUCAUACGUCUGGCUCGAGUUCUGGCCAACUUCAGAUUCAUGACCUACCACCCGCAAGUACUGCACAAGUAUUGGAUCAUGCCACUAGCGCUAAUACAGGACAUACAUUAGAAUAUACAUCCAUGAACCAUGGCGAUGGCACCAGAACAGGACAAACGAUUGAUCAUAUGACGACUGGGGGGGAUAUAGGCCGAGCCAUUGGACAUGUUGUCGCAGGUACCGUACAAACGAUGGAUCACAAAACAGGCGAUAGAAGGGGACAAGAACCAUAUCUAUCAUCUGGAGCCAUUACGGGCGAAACAGUGGAUUAUACCUCAGGCUCAAGUACAGGCGAAACCGUGGAUCAUACAUCCGGCGCAUAUACGGGACAACCCACGGAUUAUUCUUCAGGCGUUAGUACGGGUCAAACAAUGAAUUAUUCCUCAGGCGUUAGAACGGGCCAAACAAUAGAUUACAACAACUUUGGCGCAAAUGAGGACCACACGGUGGCUCAUACAUCUGGCGGCAGUACGGGCCAAACAUUCGAUCAUGCUGCUGGCGCCGGUACGGGACAAGUCAUGGAUUAUACCUCUGGAGCCAGUACGGGACACAUGAUGGAUCAUACUUCUGGCGCCGGUACGGGACAAAUUACGGGUUAUUCAUCUGGAGCCAUUACGGGCGAAACAGUGGAUUAUACCUCAGGCUCAAGUACAGGCGAAACAGUGGAUCAUACAUCUGGCGCAUAUACGGGAAAACCAAAGGAUUAUUCUUCAGGAGUCAGUACGGGACAAACCACGGAUUAUUCCUCAGGCGUUAGUACGGGUCAAACAAUGGAUUAUCACAACUCUGGCGCAAAUAAGGGCCAAACAUCUGGAACGAAUACGGUUACAACUCAGAUUCAUGAUCUACGUGCAGACAGCACUAAACCAAAAAUAGCUCAUACUUCUGGCGAUAAUAUGGGACAAACAACAGAAUAUACUUCUAACGUAGGUACGGGACAAACAAUUGAUCAUACUACUGACAGCAUAAAAGGACAAACCAUGAGUCAUACUUCUGAGGGCUCUACAGGACAAACAAUGGGUCAUACUUCUGACGGCUCUGCAGGACAAACAAUGGGCCAUACUUCUGACGGUUCUACAGGACAAAACGUACACUAUUCUACUGCCAGUGUUACAGGACAAACAAUGGACCAUACUUCUGAUGGUUCUACAGGACAAACAAUGGGCCAUACGUUUGACGGCUCUACAGGACAAACAAAUGGUCAUACUUCUGAUGGCUUGUUAGGACAAAGCGUACACUAUUCUACUGACAGUGUUACAGGACAAACAAUGGAUCAAUCAUCCGGGACUUACGCAAGAAAAACAACGGAUAAGAGUUCUGGCACUGGGACCGAUACGAAUGGAUCAAUUAGACGCACAACAACAAUAGAAGGGGUGUCAACCUUUACCACACCAGUUGUAUCAACUACCAACCAACAAUUAUGGUCUGAAUCUGGGAAUAGCCCGGGUACAACUGGACCGGAGGCUGCAGGUAUGCCAGAAUCUGUCUCUACAUUGAAUCAUGUGACAUCAUCGACGUCAUCGAUGACGGGUUCCACCCAGCAAGGAAGUGGAUACGAUACGAAUCCAGAUAUUCAAACAGGGAUAGAUUCAACACGUGGGUUUACUACACAAGCCUUACACACCAAUGAGGGCUCGAUAGCUACGUCAUACGAAGGUUCAGCUCAAUCCAGAGGAUCUGGCGGGACUGGAAUAGAUAACAUCCAGACAAUAUCAGGAGGUACUGAAGGAUCUUCAGGCCAUUCACAAGAAUUUGUGACAGAAACUAUGGGGAAUGGCGGCUUUAAAAUCAGGGAUCAAGGAUUAGCGGAAGGUCCUUGGGCAACCGGCCUUGUAACCGACGCCGCGACAAUUACCAAUAGUCAUGAGGCAGGAUUAGGUACGGUUUCUGGUUUUAGCCAAAUAGAACAACAUAGUUCUAAUGUUGUAUAUAAAGACAUAUCUCCUGGUUCAGCAAGCGAUGGAUCUUCUUUCAUUUCUGGUCAAACGUCUCGCUCAGGACAAGGCACGGCGAACACUCUCAUGACAAAUUCCAAUUUGGCAAAUAAUGCGUUUGGCGAAAACCAAAUCACUCCGUUCAGGUCUGGUGAUUCGGGACAGGAAAUAGGUAGUUCAGCGUUCGGUGCUGAAGGUUACUUAGCAACCGACACAUAUUUCCCCAACAUCAAAAAUGAUGGAACGAAGUCGUCAACAAAUACCGGAGGUGCAACCUUUGUCGCAAAUGAAGUAAAAGGACAAAAUUCCGUCAUCGGCUUUAUACCACCGGUUCCGAACGCCUUACAUGGUACUAUGUCAGGUGGCAAUAAGGUUGUUCUAAAACAAAGUGAUGUAUACCACAGUUCGACAGGCUCCAGCGGAACCCAUGACAUGAACAGCGGAAGUGGAGUUGAAUCACAAUCGAUCCAUGGUAAUAUUGGUUCAAUUUCUGACAACAUUUACGAUGCUGGUGCUCAGAUGUCGGUUCAACCGGUUGUAAAUACCAUCAUACAAAAAGGUGAAAUUUCAAGUUCUGUCGGUGAAUCUGGUUCGCGGAAUAUCAAUUUUGGAAAAAUCGUCAACGGAAGUGUGACCGCAAAUAACAGGGCUGAUGCCACGUUAAGCCCAGAUGUACAGGUUAUAAGAAACAAAGACAAUCAAAUUGUUUCCGCAAAUUCACCAAAUCAUGAAUUGCUAUCAACAAACACCAAACCUGUUGAUCAAGAUAAAUAUCAUCAGACAGAUCACGCUUCGACAGUCACGACGGAAACACAUUCUUCAACUUCCGGUUAUACACACGACACACCGACUCUUACCAAUGACCAAAGUGGACGGCAGGAAUCACGUGUGCACCAGUCCACUUCAUCUGUUACUACCGAGACUAAACCCGUACCUAUCGUAGGAAACGGUGACCUACCGGCCAGUUUGCCAGAUUACGUUAAAAAUCAAUCGGGUACUGCUGCUUCUGACGGGAUCAUUUUUACGAAAACCACUUUGCGAGAAUCAAGUUCAACGUCACAGCAAUUAAGCAGUGCAACACCGAGCACUGUAUAUGAAAAUACAAGACAGCAAAGUAACAGAGGUAUCGAUGCUGUGAUUGGGUCCAGUACAGCCGGUCCAGUCGACCAACCUAAUUACACCGACAAUGCAGUUGCAUAUACUACCGAGGGAUCAGUAACUACCAACAAAGUGACCUCUGGUAAACAGUUGUCGACACAGGUGGUGAGAGUUGUAGAUGUACCCAACGUGAUCCGUGAGCCACCCGACAUGGCAAAUCCACCUGACUUUCACACGGUAACGGCUCCCGGAGCUCUGUUACACACACCUUCCGACGUACAAAAGAACGUCGACAUGACGUCGCUUAUAGCUUUUACAGAAAUCCAAAGUAUUGUAGACACUGCUAAUCAACAGAACAUGAGCGACAGUGCCUCGUCAGCCAACGGAAGUGGACAUAUAAUGUCAGGCGAUGGUAAUGUUAACAAGCUUGUUCUGGAUACUGCAAAUACUGUAGAGAAAGCGGCAAAUCUUGUUGCAGGCGGAGACUAUCAGCCAACGUAUGAUAUACAUUCUUCAUCCAACAGAGAAUAUGCUUCUCCUACUGCUGACACAGGGAAUGCGUAUACCAAUUACACCGAACCUGAAUUAAAUGCUCAUACUGCCUCAGUGAAUGAAGUCAACAUACUUAGUUCGUCAACUUCUGAAAAUCAGGGUCGGGUUGACAAUAUUUUAACACCGAUUCCAAGCGACCGUCCUUCAGAUAUCAUGGUGGUGAGGCCAUCAGAUUCGGCGGUACAUUAUGCACCUAAUGUUCCAAAUAGUGUGGAUAUAACAUCUUUAGAAGCAUUUACCGAGAUUCGUAGUGUAAUGGGAACAACAAACCAAGAGUCAGAUAGGUUCCUUGACUCCCAGGGGGUGUCAACUUCUGACUCUUACAUGAAUUCAAACAGUAGUUCACCUGAUUCUUAUAUGGGUACCCACGCCGGUAUACAGGGUGAUCAACUGUCUAACAACCAAGCCACUCUUGUCGAUUAUCAUGGUUUGACUACAACUGAACCCCAUAUAAACACAAACUCUGCUGAUACAGGAACAGCGUCCACACAGACAUCACGUGUAACGGUUGGUUAUACCACGGCUGAGUCCACGCCUCGUCCAAAUUCCGAUGCUGCAGCCCAAAAUAUAAUUGAUGUAUCUGUACAGAACCAUGUGUACGAUACCCACGCAGACGCUACUACAGACAAUUAUGCUGAAAAUACUGCACUGCCUUCUUUUGAUAACGUGUCCGAUAACCGAAAUCAAAAUUCGCCUGCGGGAACGGAUAUAAAGAACGUUAAUACGUGGACUUUGCGAGAAAUACACACGACAACGGAAGUUCAUAACACUGUUGAUACGUCUAACGGCCCAAUAACCUCCUUUCCGCAUCAAGAACAGUACAUGUCUUCUGGGCAGGGUAUGGCUACUCGCCAUGUAGGGAAAGAUGUGACUGGUCAGGGCGUCGAUGCAAGUCUCACUGCAACUACUUACCAGCAACUGCUGGACAGUGUUUCUGGCCAAGGGACCUAUACAGGCCUAACAGAGUCAUCUCAACAAAACGAUAUCCUAACCUCUGGUCGCGGCCUUAAUGCAGUGCUCACAGAUAAAUAUUCGCACCAGGAAGGCCUCGCAUCUGGCAACAGCGUCGAUACAGGUUAUAUAGAAUCAUCUCGUUAUCAAGAUGGCCUGACAUCUGGCAACGGCGUUGAUGCAAGUCUUAAAGGACCAUCUGAACACCAGGGUGGCUUGAAGUCGGGUCAUUAUGUUGAAACAAGCAUCACAGAGAGAUAUUCACCUAGCAACGGCGUCGAUAUAGGAUUUCGGCAGCAAGCGGGUGUGGCAUCUGGUCACAGCGUUGACACAGGCCUUAAAGACUCAUCUCAACAAAAAGGGAGCGUGGUAUCUGGUUCCGGCGUUGAUACAGGCCUGACUGAAUCAACACAAUACAAAAUAGACAGGGCAUCUACUCAUGGCGUUGGUACUGCCCUUACAGAUUCAUCUCUACACCAAGGAGGCGUGGCAUCUGGUUCCGGCGUUGAUACAGGCCUUAUUGAAUCAACUCAAUAUCACGGGGACAUGACAUCUAGUCAUGGUGUUAAUGCAGGCCUCAUGGAUUCUUCUCAACACCAAGGAGGCGUGGCAUCGGGUUCCGGCGUUGAUACAGGCCUUACAGAUUCAUCUCUACACCAAGGGGGCGUGGUAUCUGGUUCCGGCGUUGAUACAGGCCUUAUUGAAUCAACUCAAUAUCACGGGGACAUGACAUCUAGUCAUGGUGUUAAUGCAGGCCUCAUGGAUUCUUCUCAACACAAAGGAGGCGUGGCAUAUGGUUCCGGCGUUGAUACAGGCCUUCUUGAAUCAACUCAAUAUCACGGGGACAUGACAUCUAGUCAUGGCGUUAAUGCAGGCCUCAUGGAUUCCUCUCAACACCAAGGAGGCGUGGCAUCUGGUUCCGGGGUUGAUACAGGCCUUAUUGAAUCAACCCAAUAUCACGGGGACAUGACAUCUAGUCAUGGUGUUGAUGCAGGCCUCAUGGAUUCUUCUCAACACCAAGGAGGCGUGGGAUCGGGUUCCGGCGUUGAUACAGGCCUUAUUGAAUCAACUCAAUAUCACGGGGACAUGACAUCUAGUCAUGGUGUUGAUGCAGGCCUCAUGGAUUCUUCUCAACAACAAGGAGGCGUGGCAUCGGGUUCCGGCGUUGAUACAGGCCUUAUUGAAUCAACCCAAUAUCACGGGGACAUGACAUCUAGUCAUGGUGUUGAUGCAGGCCUCAUGGAUUCUUCUCAACACAAAGGAGGCGUGGCAUCUGGUUCCGGCGUUGAUACAGGCCUUAUAGAUUCAUCUCAACACCAAGGCGGCGUGCUAUCUGGUCACGACAUCAACACAGGCCUAGUUGAAUCAGCGUCACACCAAGUUGGCACGAUUUCUGGUAAAACCAUAAAUACCAGUAGCAAUGCUAACGCCAACAGAACAGACAUGAACAGUGCAAGUUUGAAAGAUUUAUCUAAGAUUCAGGAAAAUGGAAGUAAUGCAGAUACAACUACAACGUCAUCGUCUAGUGUUACAGAAGGAACAACGAGAGUCAAGUAUGAAUCUUCUCAUAUACCAGUGAUAUCUGGUAACUCUCAAAAACAAGCAGUUGUUGAUUGGCAUUCUUUAAAUGCGUUGACUGAAGUUCGGAGCAGCACAGGCCCAUCUGGUGUUGAACAUGGGAGCGGCAUGACAUCAGAAGGACCAGUCUCCUAUACAACGAAACAAGGUACCACUCAGUUGUAUACAGUUAAUCCAACUGAAAACACAAAGGCAACUACGACUCUGUUUGAAAGUAUGGGUAUAUCAAACAAUCAACACGAAGCAACAGGAAAACAGAAAGAUCAAUUCACAAAUAAAGCAACACAGACGUCUCAAUUUGAAACAACAGGGACACCGAGCUAUCAAUUUGAAGCAGCAGGGUCGCCGACAGGUCAAAUCGAAAGUGUUGGGGUAGCCAGCAAUAUGGAAACAACGGGUACGCAAAACAAUCAAUUCGAUCGUCCUGGGACUCUGACAGGUCAAUUUGGAAAUUUGAGCACAGCCACAAAUAAUUUGGAAACUGGAGGACAGUUGAGUUAUCAGUCUGAAAGAAAAGGAACCAAGACAUCUCAGUUUGAAACAACUGGAUCAAACAGCAAUCGAUUCGAAAGUGCAGGGGUGCCGACAGAUCAAUAUGAAAGUGUUGGAACGGGGGGAAUUUCCACUACUCUGUUUGAAACGAUUGGGAUACAGGGGUCCAAAUUUGAGACAACAGGAAUGCCAAGCAAUCAACUCGAAAGUACAGAACCGCUGACAGGUCAAUAUGAAAGUUUGGGAACAGCCAACAAUAUGAAAACGGGAGGAAUAUCCGGUACUCAUUUUGAAGGUAUACGGACACAGGGAUCUCAAUUUGAAACAUCGGGAACGCCGAGCAAUCAACUCGAAAGUACAGGAACGUUGCAAGGUCAAUAUGAAAGUUUGGGAACAGCCAACAAUAUUGAAACGGGAGGAAUAUCCAGUACUCAUUUUGAAACUAUUGGGACACAGGGAUCUCAAUUUGAAGCAUCAGGAACGCCGAACAAUCAACUUGGAAGUACAGGAACGUUGCAAGGUCAAUAUGAGAGUACGGGAAUUGCCAACAAUAUGGAACCGGUAGGAAUAUCCAGUACUCAUUUAGAAACUAUUGGGACUAAGGGAUCUCAAUUUGAAGCAACGGGAACGCCGAGUAAUCAACUCGAAAGUACAGGAACGAUGCAAGGUCAAUAUGAAAGUACGGGAAUUGCCAACAAUAUGGAACCGGUAGGAAUAUCCAGUAACCAUUUAGAAACUAUUGGGACCCGGUGA